CCCAUCAAAAAAAGCAAAAAGGGAACAAAGGGGAAAAUCGAAACUCUCCCAUCCCAUUCGGUCGUUGACGACAAAGAAGAAGGCUUUACAGAGACAAAGUGUAUGUAAGGAGUGAUUAAUUAUAUGGUGAGGAGCUGAGAAUCUGAAAGCUUCAUCUGAUACGCAAACAACAAGGGCGCUUUACGCGAUUAAACGGUGCGUCGUUUAUUUAAUUGAGUGGUUAUGGCCGAGCCAUCGUCGUCUUUAUCGUCAUCCAAAGACGAGCUGAUUCAUCUGAUCAAGCGGCUCGGAACAUAUCUCGCCCUCAAGAUGUCCAAUCUCUUCUCGAUCUCUCUUCAGAAACUGGAUCCACGCUCUGUUGGGGCUAUUGCAGGGCUUGCUGUUGCAAUAAUCUUUACCUAUAAGUUGAUGAGAUCACCUACAGCACCUUCAAGAAGGCAACCAAAACGUCAAGCUCCAACAACUAGUAGCUCUGCUGUCAGUACCCAGUCAAAUGUAACGUUGAUGCCUUCUGGAAUUUGCUCAUCUUCAGAGGAUUCAAGAGCACAAAAUGUUGUUGACGAGUUCUUCCAGCCAGUAAAGCCAACAUUGGGGCAAAUAGUCAGGCAGAAACUGAGUGAAGGAAGAAAGGUAACAUGCCGUUUGCUUGGAGUGAUCCUUGAGGAAAGCAGUCCAGAGGAGCUGCAGAAACAAGCAACAGUAAAGUCCUCUGUGUUGGAUGUGCUAUUGGAGAUUACCAAAUUUUGUGAUCUUUAUCUCAUGGAGAGAGUCAUUGAUGAUGAAAGCGAAAAAAAUGUUCUUCUGGCCUUGGAAAAUGCUGGGAUUUUCACCUCUGGUGGUUUGGUAAAGGACAAGGUUCUCUUUUGUAGCACAGAGAAUGGGCGCGCAUCUUUUGUUCGGCAACUAGAACCAGAUUGGCAUAUUGACACAAACCCUGAAAUAGUUUCUCAGUUAGCUAGGUUCAUCAAAUAUCAGCUUCACAUUUCUCCUGUCAGACCUGAAAGGACUGCAGCUAAUGUCUCCAGUUCUCCAUCCUUAGAACACUUCUUUGGAUGCGUUUGACAUUUGAAACUGGUAAAAAGAUGCAAAUAUGUUUUAAAGUUGUUCUUUACUCCCCAUUGGUCUUUAUGUGCGACCCUUUACAGCCCAAUGUUUUCUUUCUUUUGACACCCUUGUGCUGAUGUCAGUUUUUAGGAUAAUGGGACAAGAAUUAUUUGUUUGGAAUUUGUGAAAUAGGGUUCACAUUUGAACUUUUUUGAACUGGAGAAACUCCAUGCAAAAAUAUUUUGUAAUUUAUGUUAGUCGAAGGAUAUGCAAUCAUAAAAAAUAAUCGUUGCUCCA